CCAUCUCUAUCACAUUUGUUAAAAAAUUUGCAACAAGCCAACGAAAAUCGACCAGGAACGGUGGACAGCCAAAACCGCGCGCUCUGCGACGACCACCGUGGGAUGCACAUACGUAUGCGCACCCCUGCCGCGGAGUAGACUCAGUGCCCGCGAUCCGCGACCAGCGAACCGCCAAAUCCCGAGAAGCCAGCUGCAGCAGAUCCACAGAUCCCGCCGCAGAUCCAGAUCAUGGGCCUCGAUUUCGACGCAGUGGAGUACUGCAAGGGGGUGAAGACCCAGCAGUCCCAGCCGCCUUUCGCCUGUCCCGUCCGCGGCUGCGACCGCAGCUACAAGACUAUCAUGGGUCUGCAGUACCAUCUUAUGAAGUACGACCACGACAACCCACAGCCGCUCACACCCGUGUUGACUCCCAGCCGCAAGAAAGCGCGUUCACGCUCCGGCGGCCACCAUUUGACACCUCGUCCGCACAAGGAUCAUCCCACGCCUGGUGGCGGCGGAGCUGAGGCCAGAAACGGCUGCUCCUUGGCCAGCGCAGGAGAUGGAUCGGCGACCGGAGUCUCCGCCCGGCAGUACGCCAAUCCAGAAUCACUGGUGUCCUACAACGAGGAGGAGGCCACGGUGACGUUUAACUUAGACGGGAAGAGCGUGCGCCUGGGCAUCGACGACGCCCUGCCGCUUGUGGAAGAUGAGGAGUUCGCCGCCCUGGUGGCCAGGGGCUGUAUUCUAAAUGCCGACGCGCCACCGGUGGAGGAGAACGCGCCCUGGGCAAGGGUCCAGGUGCCUGUGGCCAGAGUAGCCGAGAUUCCGGACUACCGAGUGUCCGACGCCCCGCCACGGCCACUGGCCUACUAUCGCUUUAUCGAGAAGUCACUGGAGGAGCUGGACGGCGAGGUGGAGUACGAUGUGGACGAGGAGGACUCCGCCUGGCUGGAGCACAUGAACGAGGAGCGUCAGCGACUCGGCCUCAAUGCCGUAGGCAUCGACACAAUGGAGCUGCUGAUGGACCGGCUAGAGAAGGAGUCCCACUUCCAGGCGGCGGCCAACGGCACACCGACAGGCGUCGAGGUAGACGACGACGCAGUCUGCUGCAUUUGCCUCGACGGCGAGUGCCAAAACACCAACGUGAUACUUUUCUGCGACAUGUGCAACCUGGCGGUACACCAGGACUGCUAUGGUGUCCCCUAUAUCCCGGAGGGCCAGUGGCUAUGCCGCCGAUGUUUGCAGUCACCCAGUAAGCCGGUGAACUGUGUGCUCUGUCCCAAUGCGGGAGGCGCAUUCAAGCAGACGGACCACGGCCAGUGGGCGCACGUGGUAUGUGCGCUGUGGAUACCCGAAGUGCGAUUCGCCAACACCGUCUUCCUGGAGCCAAUAGAUUCAAUUGAGACCAUUCCCCCCGCUCGUUGGCGACUCACCUGCUACGUGUGCAAGGAGAAAGGUUUGGGAGCCUGCAUCCAGUGCCACCGGAACAGCUGCUACGCCGCCUUCCACGUUACAUGCGCACAGCAAGCGGGCCUCUACAUGACCAUGGACACGGUUAAGGAUGGGCACAAUGAUUCGUCAAUGCAUGUUCAGAAGUUUGCCUACUGCCACGCCCACACGCCAGCGGACGCUAAGCUAAAGAUGAACGUGCCUGACUUUGAGGACACGCGCCAUAAAAUGCGGGAGGCGCGCAAGGCUUUGGCCAAGAAGCGCUCAACAGCUCCCGUGGUGCUGAUUCCGACUAUUCCGCCGGACCGCGUUCAGGAGAUUGCCACCAUGGUGACGAUGCAGCGUAAGAAGGAGUUCCUUGACCGCAUUAUCGCCUAUUGGACGCUUAAGCGACACUACCGCAAUGGGGUGCCUCUCCUACGACGCUUGCAGAGUCAAGGGAAUAACCACGGCGUGAUUCAACGCAACGGCAUUGAAGGAUCGCCGGACACCGGUGAGUUGUACCGCCAACUUAAAUACUGGCAGUGCCUUCGGCAGGAUCUGGAGCGAGCGCGCCUUCUGUGCGAGUUGGUGCGUAAGCGCGAGAAGCUGAAAGUGGCUUUUGUUCGCAUUUCCGAGGAGGUGGUAAUGCUGCAGCUCAAUCCGCUGGAGGCGGCACUAAACAAGCUACUGGAUGCUCUGGAGGCGCGAGACAGCAUGCAGAUUUUCCGAGAACCUGUGGACACCAGCGAGGUGCCCGAUUACACCGACAUUGUGAAACAACCCAUGGAUCUGGGCACGAUGAGGGCUAAGCUGAAGGAGUGUCAGUAUACCUCGCUGGAGCAGUUAGAAGCUGACUUCGACCUUAUGAUUCAGAACUGUUUGGCGUACAAUAACAAGGAUACGGUGUUCUAUCGUGCUGGAAUACGCAUGCGCGACCAGGCUGCACCUCUCUUUGUCCAGGUGAGGAAGGAACUGCAGAGGGAUGGCCUGCUGGAGCGAUCACAGCGCUUUCACGUCGACCACGUGGAAGCGGAGGUGGAACAGGAGCUACGCUUGCUGCUAGCGGCGCCGGCCAGCGAAGGCGUCGUCCAGAAGCUGCUCAUUCUAGCCGACAAGUCGCAGGUCCUGAAGAACCCGACCUAUCGCACCAAAAAAAUAAAGCAGAUUCGGUUGGAGAUUUCGCGAAUGCGCAAAAGCAUCCAGAAGGCGAGAUUUGCAGCACGACACUCCUCACACGCUAAUCAAUCCCAAAGUGACGAUGAAGACACGUUGGGCGGUUCGCCUUCUAAAAAGCGCACCCGGAAACGUUUCAAUAGCAGUGGUGUAGACAUGGAACUGGGGCACGACGAUGAUGAAGAAGAGGAUUCUGAUGAGGACUCGAUGGGCGAGGAUAAUGUGUCUAAAGACUUGCUCAAUUCCACGCAAACUCCGCCCUGCAGCCCCAUUAAGAGUUUGAACAACAGUAGCUCUCCCGUAGGCAUCAAUAGAAGAACCGCCAUAUUGUUAACGCGCAAGGCACAGGCUGCCCUGAAGAGACCAUCGGAACCUUUGACGACGCCUGUGAAAGAGGAGCAGCACAAUUCACAGUCGUCCAACACUCAAUCUACCAGCGGUAGCUCAUCUUCCGCCACCACGGCGGCCACGGCAGCGUCCAGCGGAACGGGCACCCUGAAUCACGUCCUGGCCUCCGCACCGCCAACUGUCUCUAGUUUUGCGUUGACGCAGAAUAACAGCGGUGGUGGUGGAGCUUUGUCGUCCUCAGCUGGAGCCGCUGCAACUGGAAGUUUGACCUCUACGGCCCUCACAAUCAACAGCAAGCUAAGCGCGAAUCUGCCCGUCAAGUCGCCCAAAAGGCCAGGACGCUAUCGUCGUGUGCCGGAAGUGAGGCACAGCUCCUCCAUGUCCCCAAAGAAGUCCCCCAAUCCGGCGGUAACCGUCAGUCAGGCGCUACUCAUGCCCGAGCCCCUACCCUUUGAACGAAUACCGGACAGUUUCCGGGUGUACAGAGCAAACAAUCAGCGCGACGUUAGUGACAGCGACGACGCUCCCUCGCAGUCGAGCAGUCCGUGCAGCAGUUGCUCUGACUUCAGCAUGUCGGGCAGUUGCUCUGAUUUCGACAGCGAUGAGGCAAGCGAAGGCGAUGCUGAUGGAGACCCUGAUAGAGAUGGCGGAAGAAGUCGCAGCGAGGAGAGAGACUCCACGUCCCAGGAGGGCACCACUGACGCCAUGGACAUGCAGCACGCCAGCCUAAACAAUGUUAAAGGAAACAACGGCAACAUGGCCAUUAGCAGCAGCAGCGGUGGAAGUGGUGGCAGUUCCAGCGACGAUGAAGAGGACCGGCCAUUGAGCUCGCGGCAGAACAAGGCGGUAAAGGUGGGCCCGCGAGGCACAACCACUCCAACGACAAUGGCACGAGCAGUAGGCUUGACAGCGGCACGGGGACGUGGCAAGCGGCGAAGCAAUCUCAGUGAGUCGACCAGCUCCACUGCCACGCCCCCGCCUCUGUUGCGAAGAGCCGGUAAGCUGCGGUCAGCCACGCCCAACGCCUCUCCUCUAGUGAACAACAUCAAGGCGCGUAGGAACACCACGGCGGCUGGCAGUGCAACUCUCACGAAUAACAAUCGCAGCAAGCACAUUGAGGAUUCCGCAUCGUCGGAGAGGCACAAUAACCACUCGCACGGCCAGAAGCCGGCGUUGGAACCGCUUCAGCUUGUUUGGGCCAAGUGCCGCGGCUAUCCUUGGUAUCCCGCCCUCAUACUUGAUCCCAAGACGCCCAAGGGAUUUGUGUACAACGGAGUCCCCUUGCCCGCCCCACCCACCGAUGUCCUGGCUCUGCGGAAGAACUGCCUGGACGAGAUUGUGUUCCUGGUGCUUUUCUUUGAUGUGAAGCGCACCUGGCAGUGGCUGCCGGCCAACAAGCUAGACAUCCUCGGGAUCGACAAGCAGCUUGACCAGCAAAAGCUGGUGGAGUCGCGAAAGCCGGCGGAGCGGAAGGCCGUAAAGAAAGCGUACCAGGAUGCGCUACACUACCAGAGCCAAGUCUCCGACUUGGAGGGUCAAGGACCCGAUCCGAUCAUGUGAAAGCUGAUGGCCCAAUUGCAACUGUAGGCGCCGCUCGAAAAAAUUUAGCCAUUUAGUUAGUUCCCCCACAAGGGAUCGCUGUAUUUUUAUAUCUCGUUGUUGUUACAUGAUACUCGAAGAUGACGAAGUUGAAGAAGGCCCUCCAUUAGAGUAUUUCGUUGGCGAAUUUCCAAUUUGCACUGCAAGUGUCUUUAAUUUUCGUUUGUUGCCGAGUCACCAAGGAUCGUUUACCCCUAUACCAUUAUGUACAGUUUUUUGUAAUACGCGCAGUUGGCGAAGUCGUUGGAGGAACCUACCUUUUGUACAUUAUUUGGCUUUUGCGACUUCGAUUAUGAAAGGUUAAGUAGAGUAGAGUCCAGGAAUCGGUCGAACUACAGUAACAUGGAAUUUAUAACCUCAAGACGAUUCACGCGAAAUCAAAUCAAUGUUUAAGUUAAAUAGUUUUAAGCUCUCUAUUGUUAAGCCCUAAAAUCAACAUUAUAAACACAAAACAAAGCAAGCAGUCGCCUCAAGUUAAAAGUCGUGUAAAAACUAAACCGCUAUAUAGAAGAUUAGAGAUGAUUAUAAACAUUUACAAAUAGCAUUACAAAUUGUAUAGAUGUGUGUGUGUGCGCGUGAGUCUCUAUAAACUGAUAUAUCUCUAUCUGCAAAUAGUGUACGUCUUGAUUUCCAUAUGAACAAAUAAAACAUUUGAUUAUUGCGAUGUAUUAAAUAGAUGAGGAUUAUUAUUAUUAUAAUUACUGUGUGUAAUUAAUGCAACACUUUCGUUUGCCGAAGUAGUAAGCAUUGAAGUAGUUGGCUUCAAUCUUCCUUAGCUCCGCCAUCCCAAACUCAAUCUGACACCACCACCUUUGCCCUCAAAAUGAUUGAAUAUUGUUUAAACCUAAUGAUAAAUUAAAUCAGAAAAAUAAAUGUUUUAAACGAAA